AUGGAACUAGAAGUUCUUGCCGACUGCAUAUCAACAAGCAACAAAAGUGGGGCUUCAACAGAGAGGAUUUUGUGGUUGAAGAUUGAGUCCUUGUUAUGCUUUGUGAUAGAAAGGACUUUCAGGGAUUUUCUCAAGGCUCCAAGGGUUGUGGGGUAUGGUUUUUAUGACGAAUGCUUGCGGAAGUAUGGAAAUGCCAAUGUCUGGAAGCAUUUCACCGACCUUUUUGAUUAUCUGCCCCUUACAGCACUUAUUGAGAGUCAGAUCUUCUGUUUGCAUGGAGGACUUUCACCAUCCUUGGAUACACUAGACAAUAUCCGAGCCUUGGACCGUAUACAGGAGUUCUGCUAUUUGCUAGUUGCUUUUUGGAUUAACGCAUGCAUGAAAUUUGGGAGGCUCAGUGGCUGUUAUUCUUGUUCAUGUUAG